AUGUCCGAAAAUAUUCUCUUCGAAAACAGCUUCAAAAUUACCGACAUCAACAGCACAAAAUAUGACAGAGUAUCCCGCAUCAAAGCCUUUAGCGAAGGCGGCCAGGAAAUUCUUCUCACCCUCGACGUUAAUACCGAACUCUACCCUCUGAAUGUCGAUGACCGUAUGACUGUCGCUCUGGCGCUGUCACUGAACCUGGACGGCAGCAAGGACGAUGGGAAAGGCUGGAGGGAAGUUGGAAGAGGAGAACAGACACUAGCAGACGAAUUCGACUAUGUAUGCCACGGAAAAAUCUACAGAUUUGAAGAAGGCAAUGGAGAGAACAUCAAGGUUUACGUGUCCUUCGGUGGUCUCCUGCUCUACAUGGACGGGCCAUAUGCCCUUCUUAACGCCCUGAGAAUUGACCAUGUGUACUUGUUGAUGAAGAAAUAA